UCCAAGCUACUGAUUGGCUGGCUUAUGUGUCAAUCAUUGAUGGGGCCGGGCAGUUCUCUGGAGCUUCUGCCUUACGGCAGCACGUUAGUACUGAAGUGCUGAAUGAGCUUCAGUGUUUGGCUCGGUUUGACAAGUUUCCCAAAGCUCAAUAUGGAGUUUAGAUGUUAGUUAACGUAUUGGUUGAAAGUUAAAGCGUAUUUACAUGUCUUUCAGGAAGACCUGGACCUCAAGGUUUUAUCUAAUGUAGGGACGAGGAAAGUUGAGGACUUUUUCCCUUUUCUGUGUGAUCAACCUGCAAGUGAAGUCUGGAAAAGCAGACACACGAGUGAAGAUGAAUCGCUUGUCUUUUGACGAUUCUUCGUUGGAUCACCUGGAUCCAACACUAUCGCUUCAUGAUCCGAGUGAUAUAGAUACGGCCCUUUUAAGCGAUAUUGAUGACAUGCUUAAUCUCAUCAACAACCAAGACAUGGAGUUUAGUGGACUCUUUGAUCCAGGUCCCUUCACUGGAGGCCCCCCCACCCAAGAGAUUGCUCCCUUGACCCAGCUGAUCACCCCCGCGGCUCCUCCAGCUACCACCACCACACCUGCACCUACAUCUUCCAUCCUAAGCAGUAACCCCCACCUCGAUGCUCUUUUGGGCCCUCCUAUCACCCGUAGCUCCUCCACCCCAGACAAGACCUUUCAGCCUCCCACCUUUCAGCAGUCUCCUGUAUCCCAGGUACCCAGCUCCUCCCCAAGGCCGCAGCCAUCCCCCCCUCCACAAACUCAGGGCCUCAGGCAGCCUCAGGUGGAGCCUCCCCAGCCCUCUAUCAGUCCUCCCACCCCUGCUCAGGCAGCUUCUCCUCUUGGAUCACCAGGACCAAGUCAGUCAUUCACCUCCACGACACAGCCUCUUUUCACCCUCGUUGCACCACAGACUCCACCUCAGAUGCAGACACCACCUCAGACGCAGACACCACCUCAGGCACAGAGCAGCAAUAAGAGCCAAAUUACCUACACAGUUGGCAGCCCCAGCAGCGUGAGCCUCCCCAUCACCACUUUGUCGUCCUCCCCUCCCAGCGUCCAGCCUGUGGCUAUUCAGACUCAGCUCCAGGCGCUGACCACAACCACCCCCAUUUUGGCCACAACCACAAGCCCUCCAGCUCAGACUAUCGCACCGCAGAUGCAGCAAGUUCCUGUGCUGCUGCAGCCCCAGUUCAUCAAAGCCGAGUCCCUGCUGCUCACCACUCUGAAACCUGACCCGUGCAUCGUCACAACCGUAGCCUCCCCCACGUCUCUGGCCACCACCAGCAGCCCUGUUCAGAGCACCUCCCUGCAGGCCUUUGUGGGCGGUGGCACCAUCCUGACCACGGUACCUGUGAUGGUGGAUGCUGAAAAGAUCCCAAUCAACCGCAUUGCCAUCGCCGGCAAGCCAAUGGGACAGCCUCACAAGGGGGAGAAGCGCACAGCUCACAAUGCCAUCGAGAAGCGUUAUCGUUCUUCUAUCAACGAUAAAAUAGUGGAGCUGAAGGACCUGGUGGCUGGAACGGACGCCAAGUUGAACAAGUCGGCGGUUCUGAGGAAAGCCAUCGACUACAUCCGCUACCUGCAGCAGACCAACCAGAAACUCAAACAGGAGAACAUGGCUCUCAAAAUGGCCACGCAGAAAAACAAGUCUCUGAAGGACCUGGUUGCCAUGGAGGUGGAUGGACAGCCAGAAGUGAAGAACGAGCUGCCCACUCCCCCAGCCUCCGACGUGGGCUCUCCCACCUCCUUCUCACACUGUGGCAGCGACUCAGAGCCCGACAGUCCAAUGGGAGAAGACACAAAGCCAAACUUUGGCCUGCUGGACCAGCCUGCAGCCGGCGGAGGUGCCGGUGGGAUGUUGGACCGAUCCCGCAUGGCUUUGUGCGCCUUUACCUUCCUCUUCCUUUCCCUCAACCCCCUGGCGGCGCUGCUCUGCUCACCUGGUCGCAGCUCAACAGGAGGCGCUGCAGACACCGCCCCCCAUCAUACCAGCAGAAGCGUCCUGGGUUUGGACAUCACAGCUGACUCGUGGGGCUGGAUGGACUGGAUGUUGCCAACUCUUCUGGUGUGGCUGCUGAAUGGCAUCCUGGUGUCUGGAGUUCUGAUCCGGUUGUUGGUUUACGGAGAGCCGGUCACCAGGCCUCACUCUGGAUCAUCCGUUUUGUUCUGGAGGCACCGCAAGCAGGCAGACCUGGACCUCGCUAGGGGAGAUUUUGCUCAGGCCAGCCACAACCUGUGGACCUGUCUGAAGGCUCUGGGUCGUCCUCUGCCCACCUCCCAGUUGGACCUGGCCUGCGCGGCUCUUUGGUCCCUGCUGAGGUUCUGCCUUCAGCGCCUCUGGGUCGGCCGCUGGCUCGCUGCCAGGGCAGGAGGUUUGAAAGCAGAUCGCCCCCUGCAGGAAGACGCGUGCAAAAGCAAUCGGGAUGCUGCGCUGGUUUACCAUCGUCUCCAUCAGCUUCACAUGACAGGUAAGCUGAACGGGAGCCACCUGUCAGCUGUCCACAUGGCUCUGAGUGCGGUGAACCUGGCAGAAUGUGCUGGCUCGUGUCUGCCUGUAGCCUCCCUGGCGGAGGUCUACGUCUCCGCAGCUCUGAGAGUCAAAGCCAGUAUGCCGAGGAUCCUUCACUUCACCUCUCGUGUGUUCCUAAGCAGCGCCCGUCAGGCCUGCUUAUCGUCCAGCGGCAGCGUUCCUCCAGCCAUGCAGUGGCUUUGCCACCCACUCGGCCACCGAUUCUUCGUGGACGGCGACUGGGCCAUCCGCAGCACACCUAGAGAAAGCAUCUACAGCCAGGCUGGCAACACGGUGGACCCUCUGGCUCAGGUGACCCAGGCCUUUAGAGAACACCUCCUUGAGAAGGCUCUUUAUUGUGUGGCGCAGCCUCACGAAGAGAAGAUCUCCAGUCAGGGUGAAGGAGAGUAUGCCGAUGCCUUGGAGUACCUCCAGCUGCUGAUCAGCGCGUCAGACGCAGCUGGCGCCACCUCCCAGUCUUUUGCGAUCGGCUCCAACAUGGCUACAGUGACUGGAUGUGACCCCCACUCCAAAUGGUGGUCCUCAGUUGCCAUAGUGAUAAUCAACUGGCUUCAGGGAGACGACGCUGCGGCAGAGAGACUCUACCCGACCGUCGAGCACCUGCCCCGCAGUCUGCAGAACGCAGAGAAUCUUCUGCCCAAAGCGUGUCUAAACACAUUCAGGGCAGUCAGGGCUCUGCUGUUCAAGCCAGAGAACUGCCAGCUGAGUCUGAGCUACACUGACAAGGCCAGCACUCUGCUCCGAGACAGCCUCAACCUGGGACCACACUGCCACAGCUCCGGUUUAGACAAGGUUGUGCAAUUGCUGGUGUGUGACCUGCUGUUGGUUUUGAGGACAAACAUCUGGCGUGUGCAGCAGCAGGGGGCGUGCCCUACGGGUCCUGCAGGACCUGUGCCAGUGGGCACUAGUGUCCCUGCCGGCCAUCACCAGGCAUCUCCACCAGAACUUCAGGGCUUUCAGCAAGAUCUCAGCUCUCUACGCAAGCUGGCACAGAGCUUCAGGCCAGCUAUGAGACGAUUGUUUCUUCAUGAAGCCACAGCCAGGCUGAUGGCCGGGGCCAGUCCCACCAGAACUCACCAACUUCUGGAUCGCUCGCUGCGACGCAGAACAACGCCAGGAGCCAAGACAGAAGAGUGCGAGGCGCGGCCCGGCCAGAGGGAGCAGGCUGAGGCUGUGAUGCUGGCGUGUCGCUACCUUCCUCCCUCCUUUCUGUCAGCUCCGGGCCAACGGGUGGGCAUGCUGGCUGACGCAGCACGCACCCUGGAGAAGCUGGGAGACAAGAGGACCCUCCACGACUGCCAGCAGAUGAUCAUCAAACUGGGCAGUGGCACCACCGUCACCAACACCUAGAGCAAAGGGAAGGCUGGGACUCGCAUGUCCUGUAGAAUCAUCCGCUCUAAAUGAAAGCGCACACAGACCUAAACAAAACCAGCUGUUUUUAUUUGGAUCCCUUCCACAGGCUGGCGUGACCCACACACCAGAAUGCACUUACAGUCUUCGCUCUGUUGGGUGCUUCACUGUCACACAUUGACCACAAGGAGGAGCCAACUUAUCCCUGAGGUGGAUGAUGACGCAGCAAAGAGAUGUUUGCCCUGCAGUCCUUCACAGAGCUCCACCUCCCACCGAGCCUCGGUGUGUGUGUGUGUGUGUGUGUCUGGCUGCUCUGUUGUCUACAGGGUGCAGCGUCUCUUUAUCUGUGGGAGAAAAACAACCAAACUUUUGUUCAGGAUCGGCUUUUGGAGCUGGUUGUAGUAGCCAUCCGCUGCACAGGAUUUAAAUCUGAAAGAAAAGACUAAUGAUCCCCUUGCUUUGUCUGCACUACGCCUGUAUGGCUGCUUUUAAUGAGCUAAAAUAAUGACAAUAUGGCUUUAUGAAGGUAUUUUCAUAGAGAUUGUGUAUUUGUUUUGCCUUGUACAUAUUUUCUAAUGUAUUUAUAAUCUGACAGAACUUUGAUUUGGCAGAUAGUUUUGAUAAGCAGCUCUCUGGUAUUCUUAGACAGCAUUACAGUAUUGUAUCAAAUACAUGUCAAAACUGUGACAUCAUCAGAUUAUUAGGCUCUCAGCGUUUGGGUGUUGAUCCAACUAUGAUAUCUAAAGAAGGAGCAUUCGUCUUUAACACCUCUGAAAGUACUAAACGAUGCCCUGUUAGAUCUUUAAGCCGUUACAGUUUCUUGUUCUUCGAGAACCACAUUUUUUUUAUGGAUUGUAAAAAUAUUUAUAACCGUUCACUAACAUGAUUUGUGCGAACCGUGGAGCUGCCACUGUCUUAAAGUACAUUUCCUGUAACUCAUUGUUCUUGUCUCUUGUUACUCGGUUUCAUCCCUAUCAUGUAAAUAUGAAAUCAUUUUGUAAAGAGGUUCUACUGUAAUGCUUUUAUUUUUAUUGGUAAUGUGUGUUGAUGCCAAAAGAGAAAUAAAAGUAUGUUCAAGGUU